UCGUGCUCAUACGUGAAGGUGUCUGCUUUGAAAACCGGCGAUGGCUCGAAACGCCGAAAAGGCCAUGACGGCCUUAGCCAGGUUUCGUCAAGCCCAGCUAGAAGAAGGGAAAGUGAAGGAAAGACGGCCAUAUCUCGCCUCAGAAUGCAACGAGUUGCCUAAAGCAGAGAAAUGGAGACGGCAGAUCAUCAGUGAAAUUUCAAAGAAGGUGGCACAAAUUCAGAAUGCUGGUUUAGGGGAAUUCAAGAUCCGUGACUUGAAUGAUGAAAUCAACAAGCUUCUCCGUGAGAAGGGACACUGGGAGGUUCGAAUCAAAGAGCUGGGAGGCCCUGACUACGCGAGAAUCGGACCAAAGAUGCUGGAUCAUGAGGGCAAAGAAGUGCCAGGAAACAGAGGUUACAAAUAUUUUGGUGCUGCAAAAGACCUACCUGGAGUCAGAGAGCUAUUUGAAAAAGAGCCUAUAGCACCACCCAGGAAAACAAGGGGUGAACUCAUGAAGGACAUUGAUGCUGAGUAUUAUGGCUACCGAGAUGAGGAUGAUGGUGUAUUAGUGCCCUUGGAACAAGAAUAUGAGAAACAAGCAAUAGCAGAGGCUGUUGAGAAGUGGAAAGCAGAAAAAGAAGCUCGUUUGGCUGGGGGUGACGGCGCAAAAGAAGUGGAAGAAGAGGAAGAGUAUAUAUAUGCUGUUAAAAAUGAUGAGUCUGAUGAUGAGAUGAGGGGACAGAUGGACGGGGAGGAUGGAGCACAAAGCUUUAUUGCUCAUGUCCCUGUGCCAUCACAGAAAGAGAUCGAAGAAGCCUUGGUCAGAAGAAAAAAGAUGGAGCUGCUCCAGAAGUACGCCAGCGAGAGCUUGAUGGCACAAAGUGAAGAAGCUAAAACUUUGCUCGGCUUGUAACAAUACCCAUCUCCAAGUACAGACUCUGGAUUUCCAACGUCAAAGCUCAUAUUUUUUUAAUUAUUUUGUUUUGAAGGGGUUCAAAUUGAAACUGGAUUCCUUGAAUCCAUUUUGGUGUGCAUGUGACUGUUUAACGUCACAAAACCAGCAAAAUGCCUUGCAGUGGCUCAUGGAUGUUGUAUAUAUUGCCAUAUGAGUGUUUUUUAUGAUGAGACCAGCCAUUUCCAAACCUGAAAUGCUCUAUAUAUGGUCAAAAGGUUGUGGACACCUGACCAUUACACCCAUAUGUGUUUGUCGAACAUCCCAUUCCAGAUUUAAUCCCCCUUUACUGUUAAAAUAACCUCCACCUUUCUAGGAAGGCUUUCCACUAAAUUUUGGAAUGUGGUUGUGGGAAUUUAUGAUCAUUCAAGUCAAGUCAACUUUGUCAAAUAUGCUAUACAUGCUCGACAUACAGCACAGAUGAAAUAACAGUCCUCUCUGACCCACGGUGCAAACAGGCAAUGAUAGAUAGAUAGAUAGAUAGAUAGAUAGAUAGAUAGAUAGAUAGAUAGAUAGAUAGAUAGAUAGAUAGAAGCAAAUAAAAGGGCACUUGAGGUAUAUUCCGCUACAAGAGCAUUAUUGAGGUGAGGCACUGAUGUUGAACAAGGAGACCUGGUGCGCAGUCAGCGGUCCAGUUCAUCCCAAAGGUGCUCAGUGGGGUUGAGGUCAGGACUCUGUACAGGACACCAUUCGAAUCUUGACAAAUGUCUUUAUGGACCUUACUUUGUGUACAGGGACAUCAUGCUGGAACAGAGGCAUUUGGUCUUCUUAGUUCCAGUGAAGGCAAGUUGUAACACUUCAGAAUACAAGGACAUCCUAUAUGAUGGCAACCGUUUGGGGAAGAACCACAUAUGGCUCUUGAUGUUCAGGUGUCCACAUGCUUUUGGCUACAUAGUGUGUUUUGGGGAAAUAUGUUGCUUGGUAUCAACAACCGCAAACAGUUUUUUGUAAAUAUGUUUUGUAUAAAAUGCUCACAUUUUUGGACCAGUAAAAAAUUUUCAACAAAA